CUCAACGAAUACGUUGUCAUCGGACGUAAGCUGCCAACGGAGAAAGAACCGCAUCCGCCGCUGUAUAAAAUGCGAUUAUUUGCUCCAAAUGAAGUAGUGGCGAAGUCGCGCUUCUGGUUUUUCUGUAGAACUUUGAAGAAGAUCAAGAAAACCAGUGGCGAAAUUGUGUCCAUCCAGAAGAUCUUGGAAAAGAAGUCCAACACGGUGAAGAAUUUCGGCAUCUGGCUGCGAUAUGAUUCCCGUACCGGCACACACAACAUGUACCGUGAAUACCGGGAUUUAACAGCAGCGGCUGCCGUCACUCAAUGCUGUAUGCACGAUUUUGUGUACUGUUGGUAUUAG